AUGCGAGGCGCGCCAGGGCCCCGUGCACGCGCGAGCCGCGGCCGCCUCCCCGGGCCAACAGCGGCGCAGGCUGGAGCCUCCCCCCGAAACGCCAUGGAUACAGCUAGUCACAGUCUAGUCCUCCUGCAGCAGUUGAACAUGCAGCGUGAGUUUGGUUUUCUCUGUGACUGUACAGUUGCAAUAGGAGAUGUUUACUUCAAGGCCCACAGAGCAGUGCUAGCUGCUUUUUCAAACUACUUUAAGAUGAUAUUUAUUCACCAGACAAGUGAAUGCAUAAAGAUUCAGCCUACAGAUAUCCAGCCAGACAUAUUCAGCUACUUGUUGCACAUCAUGUACACUGGAAAAGGUCCAAAGCAGACAGUCAACCCCAGCCGGCUGGAGGAGGGCAUUCGAUUUCUCCAUGCAGACUACCUUUCCCAUAUUGCAAUUAAAAUGAACCAGAUACUUUCCCCAGAGACGAUGCAGUCUUCAAACUUAUAUGGAAUUCAGAUCUCAACCGCACACAAAGCAACAAAGGAAGGUCUUGGAGCAAAAGAAAAUCUGACAAAUGCCAGCAACAGGUCUGCUAACCAGGGCGAUCACCCACAGUUACAGCUCUCACUUGCCAUUGGACUAGAUGACGGUACCCUCGAACAACAGAUCACCCAUCCUUCCACCCAAGCAGCUGGGGCUGUCAAACCAGUGGAGGAGCUUCAGAAAUCAUCUGUGUCUAUAAAGCAGGAGAAAUGUGACCCCGAGCCAGUGGUGUCCCAAAGUCACACGUCGCCCUCUCCAGAUGUUUCUAAAACUAAUCUCAACAUGCAUUUAUGUCAUUACUGUGGGGAGCGUUUUGAUUCCCAUGGCAAUUUGCGGGAACACCUGCACACUCACGUCUCCGGCUCACUUCCCUUUGGCGUCCCAGCCUCCAUCCUGGAGAGCAAUGACCUUGGUGAAGUGCAGCCUAUUACUGAAAAGGGGGAAGCUAUUGAAAGUCACCGGCUCGGUGGCUUCCUAAUGAAAGAGAAUGAGCAUUCAUCAGAACAUCCAAGCCAUACUAACACAGAGCCGCUACAGUAUGGACAGUUGUCGCUAAUCUCCAAAGACACUGAGCCUGUGGAGUUAAACUGCAACUUCUCUUUUUCAAGAAAGAGAAAAAUCAGUUGCACAGUCUGUGGCCACAAAUUUCUCCGAAAGAGCCAGUUGCUGGAACACAUGUACACACACAAAGGGAAACAAUACAAAUACAACCGAUGCCAAAGGUUUGGUAACCCAGUAGCCCACAGGUUUCAUCCUUAUUGUGACAGUUGGUCUGACUGUACAGUAAAAAGUUCCAGGCUCUCUCAAGAUCACCUAGAUUCAUCAUGUGCAGUGGAGUCUGAUCUUGCUCCAGAAAAUGUUGAUGCAAUCCUCGUAGAAUAGCUUUGUAUGUUGCCUCUGAUGAGCUGAAAGCGUGAAUGCUUCAAUUUGUUUGUGUACUUCCACUUUGCUGAAUGUUCUGGGUACUCUUCUGAAGUUUUCUCUUCACCUAACAGCUCUGUCUUCAGCGAAAUGAGACUGUAACAAUUCUGUACACCCUUUUACUUGGAUAUUUAAACCUUAAAAUCCAAGUUGAUUAGAGAACAAGCUAUUUGUUGGCGGUGUCCAGAUAACUUAGAUCGAUCUUUCAUAAAUGACAACUUAAUUGACCUGUGUUACCCAAGAUGAGAUUGUAGAAGUUAGUGAGUGUGGGCUUUAAACAGCUAGUAUACUGAGCAGAACUUUAGGACUGUGUGUGUGUCCUUAGAAUUAUUCUGAAACCAAAGUGGGUGGAAUGUGUUCAGAGGAUAUUACUCUUCUUGAUUAGUUUAAUAUCAAUUCCCUAGAAAGAGAGACUAACCCAAAGUACAGAGGACAGGUGGGAAAUGAACAGCACAUGAACCUCAGGCUGUUCCCUUUUCCUGGUAAUCCCAGGGGUUGAUGUAGAGACAGUGGCGCUGGUUCAGCAAGCGUUUGCAGUCCCAUUGACUGAAUACAUUCUUUAAGUGUGACAUCUGCUUAAGUGCUUUGCUGCAGGAGGACUAAUGUGCAUCCUGCCUCAUUCCAAGCCCAGCAGGCCUCCCCCUGCUUCAUCAGUCCCCUCCACAAAUGUGGAACCAAAUCCUACCGAAGCUCUUCAAAGGGUCCCAUUAAUGAACCUUCCUCUGUAAGAUGGAAUGAGAUCCAGGUGAAAAGUCUCCUCCAAGAGGAUCUAGGGCAGUGGUUCUCAACCAGGGGUCUGCGGACCCCCUGCCCUUUCAAGGGGGCCGUGGGGCCCCGCAGCUGAAGCCCCGAUUCCUGGCACUCCCUGCUGGGCUGAAGCCAGGGGAGGUGCAGGGUUGAAGCCCUGAUUCCUGGCUGGUGCCCCCCCCCAUGGGGCUGAAGCUGGGAGGUGUGGGUCUGAGUCCCAGAGCCCCAGUGCUCCCUGAGCCCCAGUGCCCACCUGAGCCCAUGGUGGGCAGAGUUGGCGACAUGGAGAGCAUUGCCCCCUCCCACCCAAACUGCAGUGCAAGAUCAAGGCAGUCCCGGGGGCACCUCCACACCUCCCCCGAGUCCCCUCACCAUCUCCUUUCCCUGUCCCCUGGCCAGGUUGGAGGUGGGAAGCCAGAGCCGGGCAGUGGGGCAGCUGCUGCUCUGGCUGGUGCCAUGGAGCAGGCAGCUGCAGCGUUCCUUCAUGCCCCAGGUUGAAGCUGCUCAUCAGCUCCCACCCUCCUUUGCUCCUGCAGAGCAUCCGGUAAGAGCCCCCUGGGUGGGGAGACCCGGCUCCGUGGCUGGCAGACCCUUCCGGGAACAGGGACAGCAGGGGAGUCCUCCCAGCACACAGCCCCUAAUACUCCUCCCUACACCCUGAGCCCAUAGUGCCCCUCUCCUUGCCCGCACACAGCCCCUAGCCACCCCCUCCCUGCACCCUAAGCUGUUUUCAAACUUUUUGAGUUAAGCCCCCCACCUUUGAGUUAUAAUUUAAAUAUAUAAACUCCCUCCCUCCCUGGACCCCACCAUGCAGAGGUGGCUCGAGCCCCGAUGACUCCUGCCCCCCCCAAAUAGA